UGGCCCUCUCUCUCCUCUCGAGCCUGCCAAUCUUGCAAAUAUCAACUUCUUCCGUAGACGAGACCCGAAGUAUAUAGUUUUGGUUUCGAUCGGCUCUUAAAAACGCUCCAUAAUUCCCUGUCCGAUUCUGGAGGCGGCCAUGCACUCGAAAAGACUCUUAUUUGCUCUUUUCCUGCAGCUAUUCUACUCGAUUUUCUCCUCGUCCUUCGCUCAAGCUACUGGGUCUGCUGAGGGCUACCCUAUUAGCGGUCGAGUGAAGAUUCCAAGUCUGGGAACAAAGGAAUUUGGUCUUCCUGGAAAAGUUUCAAAUGUCAAGGUCAUACUCAAUGGUGGUCAAAGAGUUACAUUUCUGAGACCUGAUGGAUAUUUUUCAUUCCACAAUGUGACAGCAGGGACUCACCUGAUUGAAGUUGCUGCAAUAGGCUAUUUCUUUUCUCCGGUACGAGUUGAUGUUAGUGCCAGAAACCCAGGCAAAAUUCAUGCAGCUCUGACAGAGAAUAGGAGAGGGCUCAGUGAGUUUGUCUUGGAGCCAUUAAGGGAGGAAGUAUAUUACGAGAUUAGGGAACCCUUCUCUAUUAUGUCCAUUGUGAAGAGCCCAAUGGGUCUGAUGAUGGGAUUUAUGCUGCUUGUUGUGUUCGUCAUGCCCAAAUUAAUGGAAAAUAUGGAUCCAGAAGAGAUGAGGCGUGCCCAAGAAGAAAUGAGAAAUCAAGGAGUUCCAUCAUUGGCAAGCUUUUUACCUGGCGCUAGCAGCAGCAGCAGCUAGACGGCGAAUGACACACUGUUUGAAGAAUCUUGUUAUGACAAAAAGAUGCCCAAAGAAAUAUAUACUUCUAUACUGUCAUGCAGUAGUUUGAAAUUUCUACUAAUUGGAGAUCUUAGCGUAUUCUUUAGAACCUGAGGCUUUUAUGUAAUUCUGCUCACUUUCUUGUCAACAUUAGCAAUCAUGCACUACCGUUUUGCCGUUUGUGGUGUGCUUAUGGUGACAUUUUAUUUUGCUCUCCUUUUUAUUCUCCUUCAAUUGGGAAGAACAGCGAAGGCAGGAUUUUUGUGUCUGCA